GUCAUUUAGGAGCUGUAAGGGCGGAAGUUCUCUCCUACCCACUCGUUUUGUCACGUCCAGGUCCUUUGCACGAAGGCAACAUAGAUACAACCCAUCCUAGACGCUACCAUACUGUAACAGCAGUUUCUCUGCCCUGGCGUGAAGCAAAGGAGGACGGGAAUGACGUCAGAGGUCAGCAUGGUCCCUAUAGAGCUGCAGACGGGUGAUGUGUAUGGUGCCGGGUGUACAUAGGAUAAGGAAAAUGAACAGGAACCUCUUACUGCGGAUAGAACAUGCGGUGAAGUUCCACAAGGCGCAUCAGCCACUACGUACCUUGUGCGUCCGAAAUACAAUGAGAUGGAGACCAGUCCCUUUCCAGUCUGUGCCCACUGUCCAGCACUGUCCUCAAGCAAGCUCAUUCCUAAAUAUGGCCCUUCUGCAGUACCGCUUCUUGUCUGCUAAACAGGAGAAAAUACAUAAGAAACCGAGGCUGCUGCCAAGCAAAGUGAAGGAGCGGAAGAAGGUGGUGGAGGUCUGGCACAACAUCAAAGUUCAUGAGUUGGCGAGAGCCGUGGGUAAAGAUACUGAUGAUGUUUAUAAGGCUCUAAUGUACGCAAACUACGAUGUGGACAACCUAAAGCCAUCGUCGGCGCUGAGUCGGGAAAUGGUGCUGGAAGCAGCAAAGAAAUUUGACGUAAAGGUCACUUAUCAACAGGAAAAAGAAGAGAAAGUCAGGGAAAAUAAAGAUGCUAUAAAAAGGGGCUCUGCAGACCCCUCUGUGCUAGUGCCCAAGCACCCUGUGGUUACUAUAAUGGGGCAUGUGGAUCAUGGAAAGACAACACUGCUUGACCAGCUGCGGAAAACCCAGGUAGCCGCGAUGGAGGCAGGCGGUAUUACCCAGCAUAUCGGAGCAUUUAGUGUUUAUUUAGCUUCAGGGGACAAGAUCACAUUUCUCGACACCCCGGGACAUGCGGCAUUCUCAGCGAUGCGCGAGAGAGGAGCUCACGUUACCGAUAUUAUUGUACUGGUGGUAGCUGCAGAUGAUGGAGUCAUGAAACAAACCGUUGAGUCCAUCCGGCAUGCCAAAGCUGCUAGAGUUCCCAUCAUCCUGGCCAUAAACAAGUGCGACAAGCCUAAGGCUGACCCAGACAGGGUAAAGAGGGAGCUCCUGUCUCAUGAUAUCGUGUGUGAGGAGUUUGGGGGAGAUGUCCAAGCUAUACCUAUAUCUGCAUUAAAGGGAGAAAACUUGCAGGCCUUAGGUGAAGCCAUCAUCACCCUAGCAGAGGUGCUGGAGUUGAAGGCUGACCCCACAGGACUAGUGGAAGGAACAGUUAUUGAAUCAUCUACAGACAAGGGAAAGGGUCCAGUAACCACAGCCAUUGUGCAGAGGGGAACCCUGAAAGAGGGAGCAGUGCUGGUGGCAGGGAAAGCCUGGGCUAAGGUACGGGUGAUGCUGGACGAAAACGACACCGUGCUGAAGAACGUGGAGCCCAGCAUGCCCGUAAAAAUAGUUGGCUGGAGAGAGCUGCCAUCUGCUGGCGAUGAAAUCUUGGAAGUAGAAUCUGAGCACCGGGCCAAGGAAGUUCUUCAGUGGAGGACGUAUGUAGAAGAGCAGGAAGAAAUCAAAAAGGACAUGGAAGUGAUUGAAGUUAAGCAGAAAGAGCACAGAGAGGCUCACAGACAAAAUUUGGAUACUUACCUGGGCCUGACCUGGAAACAGAAGAAAUAUAUGUUGUAUAAGGCUAACAAGUAUCUCAUGGGAAAGAGACCAUCGGAAAAGCUAACAGAUGACAAACCGGUAGUCCCUCUUAUAAUAAAAGGUGAUGUUGAUGGGUCUGUAGAAGCCAUUCUCAAUGUUAUAGACUCCUAUGAUGCAGAGGAAGAGUGUGACCUGGAUUUGAUCCAUUUUGGAGUUGGGGACAUCAGUGAGAGUGACGUUGUUCUGGCAGAAACAUUUAAAGGUUGUGUGUAUGGAUUCAAUGUGAAUGCUAACAAGUCCAUCCAGCAGCUUGCAGCCAAGAAGGAUGUUUCCAUCAAACUUCACAAGGUCAUCUAUCAUCUUAUCGAAGAUUUGAAAGGCGAACUCAGCAGUAAAUUGCAGCCAUUAGUAGAAGAGACUGUAAAAGGAGAAGCUUCUGUUCUGGCUUUAUUUGACGUUGCCGUAGGCAAGAAGACGGUACAAGUGGCAGGCUGCAGGGUUCAGAGCGGUGUCAUAGAUAAGAAGAUGAAAAUUAGGUUGAUCCGUAACCGUGAAGUUAUUUGGGAAGGGUCACUAACAUCCCUGAAGCACCACAAGAACGAUGUCCCCACAGUAAAGACAGGAGUGGAGUGCGGCAUGAGUUUGGAUGAUGAUGAUGUUGAGAUAAAAGUUGGAGAUGAAAUAAUCUGCAUUGAGGAGAAAACCGUACCUCAGAAAAUAUCAUGGGAUCCUGGAUUUUAGGUGUCCAGUUGUUUGGUGUGUGUAAUACACAUGAGCACUUACCUGUACUGUCCUCCCAAUUAAUGAGGUGCUGCUAUUGUACUACUAAUGUGAGUGCGCUCCUAGUAAACGGGACUUAAUAAAUGAGACUUUUUCAUUGAA